AUGCCCUGUGAUUACCAAAUUCUAGUGCUCUUCGAGUUGCACGCCCGUGAAAGUGGUCCAACUUCGCCCAAAGAAAUCAUCCGGGUGUUGCAUGAUCAUUGCUCACAGAGCAUACCAUCCACCACACUCACACAUCACGAGUGUGAUUUGUUGCGUACCUUGUCCGAGCUGAAUUGUCUGUAUGCAGAAUCUUUGGAUGUACUGUUACGUUGUCAGCCGUGUGGUGCGAAGCUCGGAGUAAGUCACACAAAAUUCAAACUGCCCCCACUCGAGGAUGCUCAGAACAAUGAAGAAAUUGGACUUGACCUAUCACAGGAUUCGCUCCGUGGACGACGUCAAUUUCAGCGUCAGAUGGAAGAGGGACGCAGGGCUCAAAUGUGGUUCGAAUAUGGGUACGUGCAAAUAUCCGGUUCCAUUUGUGAAUUUAGCGGAUCCAAGUGUAAGAUGCAUGAUGAUGAUUGCUCCAUUGAUUUUAUUUACUUCUAA